AUGGCAGACUACGACGAAACAUAUGAGGAGGAAUUUUAUGAUGAUUCCGAUGAAGGAAUCACCUCCGAGGACUGCUGGACUGUGAUCUCUUCGUUCUUCGACACAAAGGGUCUCGUGUCCCAGCAACUUGACUCUUUCGAUGAAUUUAUCUCCUCAACCAUGCAGGAGAUGGUGGAAGAGCAAGGACAAGUGGUACUUGACCAAACCCUCCCUCCCUCCGAAGACGAAGACGACCCGGUUGUCGUACGCCGUUACGAGCUCAAAUUCGGCACCGUCAUGCUUUCGCGACCAUCAGUCACUGAAGGAGAUGGUGCGACAACCAUCAUGUUGCCCCAGGAAGCAAGAUUGCGAAACCUUACCUACGCCAGUCCCCUUUAUCUCGACGUCACAAAGAAAGUCAUGGAAGGACGAGAGCGUUUGAUCGCCGACCGUGACGAUGAGGAGCCCGGCGAGGCCGAUGAGGACCGAAAGAGUCGCGGCACAUAUCUCCAGUGGGACGAAGUUGAUUUUGCAGGAGAAACCAAUAAGAAGGAGACAGUAUUCAUUGGCAAGAUGCCCAUCAUGCUCAAGUCCAAAUACUGCAUCCUUAAGGACCUCAAUGAACAGUCUCUCUACGCCUGGAAUGAGUGUCCGUACGAUUCCGGUGGUUACUUUGUCAUCAAUGGAAGUGAGAAGGUUCUUAUUGCUCAGGAGCGCAGUGCCGGAAACAUCGUUCAGGUCUUUAAGAAGGCUCCUCCGAGUCCCACGCCUUACGUUGCGGAAAUUCGCAGUGCUGUUGAAAAGGGAUCCCGACUUCUGUCUCAACUUUCACUCAAGCUUUUUGCUAAAGGUGACAGUGGUAAAGGCGGAUUUGGUCCUACUAUCCGUUCAACUUUGCCCUAUGUGAAGGCUGAUAUUCCCAUCGUUGUCGUUUUCCGAGCUCUAGGUGUCGUUUCUGAUGAAGAUAUCCUGAAUCACAUCUGCUACGACCGCAAUGAUAUUCCUAUGCUGGAAAUGUUGAAACCAUGUAUCGAGGAGGGUUUCGUUAUCCAAGAUCGUGAGGUAGCUCUGGAUUUCAUCGCCAAGCGUGGCUCUUCCCAGUCCAACCUCAAUCACGAGCGACGUGUUCGUUAUGCACGAGAGAUCAUGCAAAAGGAGCUGUUGCCCCAUAUUUCCCAGAGCGAAGGAAGCGAAACUCGCAAGGCCUUUUUCCUUGGUUACAUGGUGCACCGUCUGCUCCAGUGUGCUUUGGGUCGCCGAGAUGUUGAUGAUCGUGAUCACUUCGGAAAGAAGCGCCUGGAUCUGGCUGGUCCACUUCUCGCCGGUCUCUUCCGUGUCCUCUUCACUCGUGUUACUCGCGAUCUUCAGCGUUAUGUUCAGCGUUGUGUUGAGACUAGCCGUGAGAUUUACCUGAAUGUAGGUCUCAAGGCUUCUACCCUCUCUGGUGGAUUGAAGUACGCCCUAGCUACGGGUAACUGGGGUGAGCAGAAGAAGGCUGCCAGCGCCAAGGCUGGUGUGUCGCAGGUGCUGAGUCGUUAUACCUAUGCAUCCACGUUGUCUCAUUUGCGACGUACCAACACGCCCAUUGGGCGAGAUGGUAAGAUUGCCAAGCCGCGUCAGCUUCACAACACCCACUGGGGUCUUGUGUGUCCGGCCGAGACCCCUGAAGGUCAAGCUUGCGGUCUGGUCAAGAAUUUAGCUCUUAUGUGCUACAUCACUGUUGGUACUCCCAGUGAACCGAUCAUUGAUUUCAUGAUCCAGCGAAAUAUGGAGGUUCUCGAGGAGUUCGAGCCCCAAGUUACACCCAAUGCCACCAAGGUGUUUGUUAACGGUGUGUGGGUCGGUAUUCACCGUGACCCAUCGCAUCUUGUCAACACCAUGGCGUCUCUUCGUCGACGAAACAUGAUUUCACAUGAAGUCAGUUUGAUUCGUGAUAUCCGUGAGCGGGAGUUUAAGAUCUUUACCGAUACUGGACGUGUUUGUCGACCGCUCUUCGUCGUCGAUAACGAUCCCAAGAGUGAGAAUGCUGGAUCGCUGAUCCUCAACAAAGAGCACAUCCGGAAGUUGGACCAGGACAAGGAUUUACCGCCAAACUUGGAUCCAGAAGAACGCCGGGAACGUUUCUUUGGAUGGGAAGGAUUGGUGCGAUCCGGUGCUGUGGAGUACGUGGAUGCGGAGGAGGAAGAAACCAUUAUGAUUGUGAUGACACCCGAGGAUUUGGAGAUUUCGAAACAACUUCAGGCUGGCUAUGCUCUGCCAGAAGACGACAGCGACCCCAAUAAGCGAGUCCGAUCGAUUCUGAGCCAACGGGCACACACCUGGACUCACUGCGAGAUCCACCCCAGUAUGAUUCUUGGUGUUUGUGCCAGUAUCAUUCCGUUCCCUGAUCACAACCAGUCGCCUCGUAAUACCUAUCAAUCCGCUAUGGGCAAGCAAGCUAUGGGUGUGUUCUUGACAAACUUUGCCCAGCGUAUGGAGACUAUGGCAAACAUUCUUUACUACCCCCAGAAGCCCCUGGCUACUACCCGGUCUAUGGAAUUCUUGCGUUUCCGUGAGCUGCCUGCUGGCCAGAAUGCAAUUGUCGCCAUUGCUUGUUACUCUGGAUACAAUCAGGAAGAUUCCGUUGUUAUGAACCAGAGUAGCAUUGACCGUGGUCUUUUCCGCAGUCUCUUCUACCGUACAUACAGUGACUCGGAGAAGUCGAUCGCAACAAACAUUGUGGAGAGAUUCGAGAAGCCCAUGCGACUUGAUACCCUCGGUAUGCGCAAGGGCACAUACGACAAACUUGAUGACGAUGGUAUCAUUGCACCCGGCACACGUGUCUCUGGAGAGGAUAUCAUUAUCGGUAAAACUGCACCUUUGGCCGCGGAUGCCGAGGAACUUGGUCAGCGUACCAAGGCACACACCAAGUUGGACGUGUCGACUCCUCUGCGAAGCACCGAGAAUGGUAUUGUGGACCAGGUGUUGAUUUCGACUGGUAACGAUGAGAUGAAGUUCGUCAAGGUCCGCAUGCGUACCACCAAGAUUCCUCAAAUUGGUGACAAGUUUGCGUCUCGUCACGGUCAGAAGGGUACAAUUGGUAUUACUUACCGACAAGAAGAUAUGCCCUUCACCGGUGAAGGUGUUGUGCCGGAUCUCAUUAUCAACCCCCACGCCAUUCCGUCCCGUAUGACAAUUGCUCACUUGAUUGAGUGUCAACUCAGUAAGGUUUCGUCUCUUCGUGGAUAUGAAGGUGAUGCCACUCCUUUCACCGACGUAACUGUUGAUUCUGUGUCUCGUCUGCUCCGUGAACACGGCUACCAGUCGCGUGGAUUCGAGGUCAUGUUCAACGGUUACACUGGUCGCAAGAUGGUGGCGCAGGUGUUCCUGGGCCCGACUUACUACCAGCGUCUGCGUCACAUGGUGGACGAUAAGAUUCACGCCCGUGCCCGUGGACCCACUCAGAUCCUAACCCGUCAGCCCGUCGAGGGUCGUGCCCGUGAUGGUGGUCUUCGUUUCGGAGAGAUGGAGCGCGAUUGUAUGAUCGCCCACGGUGCCAGUGCCUUCCUAAAGGAGCGUCUGUUUGAUGUGUCUGACCCGUUCCGAGUCCACAUUUGCGAUGACUGUGGCUUGAUGACACCCAUUGCUAAACUGAAGAAGGGUCUUUUCGAGUGCCGCCUGUGCAACAACAAGCACCGUAUCUCACAGGUUCACAUCCCGUACGCUGCCAAGCUUUUGUUCCAAGAGCUGGCCUCGAUGAACAUUGCCGCUCGGAUGUUUACCGAUCGUUCCGGAGUGUCGGUGCGAUAA